UCACACUCUUGGGCCUCCGCUUGAGUCCAGGGCCCAUUCCUCAAUAGAACCUCUCUCUCUGGUAUGUUAAACAAUGUCUGCCAUCCACUCUGGCUGGCCAUCCCUGCUGGCUGACUUGCCACACAAUUGCAUCAGUGAAGUGGCCAGUCACACACUAGGCUGCCCAUCUCAAGAAUGCCAAAAUCUUCAUGAAUGGGCCACCCCAUGCCUGUAAUCAACAGGGAGGUGGGGUGACAGCCAUAGAUCACGUAACUGAGGCAAACACGAAAGGCCAGCCCAGAUCAAUAGAUGAGUCAGAGCUCUUCAAGUGUAUAAAACCUCAGGAGCUCCAGUGCUCCUCACAGCCAGCAUCUCCUCUCCUCAUUCACCUCUUCUGGUGCUUUGGAUUCGCUACCUCCUUAGACACAAUGUCACAGAAAAAGCAGCCAACCCCCCAGCCCCCCAUGGGCUGCGGAAAGUCGGGCGGCGGCGGCGGCGGCGGUAGCGGCGGCUGCGGCGGCUACUCCGGUGGCGGCGGCGGUGGCUGCGGCGGCGGCGGCGGCGGUGGCGGCGGCUGCGGCGGCGGCGGCGGCGGCUCCGGCGGCUGCGGCGGCGGCGGCUCCGGCGGGGGCGUCAAGUACCCUAGCGGCGGCGGCGGCGGCAGCGGCUGCGGAGGCUACUCCGGCGGCGGCGGCGGCGGCUGCGGAGGCUACUCCGGCGGCGGCGGCGGCGGCUGCGGCGGCGGCGGCGGCAGCGGCGGCUCCGGUGGGGGCGUCAAGUACCCGAGCGGAGGCGGCGGCGGCUGCGGCGGCGGCUCCUCCGGCGGCGGCGGCGGCGGCUGCGGCGGCGGCUCCUCCGGCGGCGGCGGCGGCGGCUGCGGCGGCGGCUCCGGCGGGGGCGUCAAGUACCCGAGCGGCGGCGGCGGCGGCGGCUGCGGCGGCGGCUCCUCCGGGGGCGGCGGCGGCUGCGGCGGCGGCUCGUCCGGCGGCGGCGGCGGCUGCUUCUCCAGCUGUGGCGGCGGCGGCGGCGGCAGCGGUGGCGGCUGCGGCGGCGGCUCUUCUUCCGGCGGCGGCGGCAGCUCCAGCCAGCAGGUCACUUGCCAGAGCUACGGCGGCUCCUCGGGCGGCGGCGGCGGCGGCUGCGGCGGUGGCUCCUCCGGCGGCGGCGGCGGCGGCUGCUUCUCCAGCUGCGGCGGCGGCUCGUCUGGCGGCGGCGGCGGCGGCGGCUCGGGCUGCGGCGGCGGCUCGGGGGGCUCCGGCGGGUCCUCCCAGCAGACCACCCAGACCUCGUGCGCGCCGAGCUUCGGCGGCGGCUGCGGCGGCGGCUCCUCCGGCGGCGGCGGCGGCGGCGGCUGCGGCGGCGGCUCCUCUGGGGGCGGCGGUGGCUGCUUCUCCAGCUGUGGCGGCGGCGGCGGCUCCGGGGGCUGCGGCGGCGGCUCCGGGGGCGGCGGCUCCGGCUGCGGGGGCGGCUCCUCCGGGGGCGGCGGCUCGGGCUGCGGCGGUGGCUCUGGCGGCGGCUCCGGGGGUGGCAAGGGCGUCCCGAUCUGCCACCAGACCCAGCAGAAGCAGGCGCCCACCUGGCCUUGCAAAUAAGAGCCCCUGGGCGCCACGGAGGCGCUCAUGCUGGAGAUGUUCUCCGUGGGCGCCGCUGGGCUUAAUGCUCUCAUGAUAUUGCUCUGAGGGGUCCAGAUUCUCCAAGUCUUAACCCACGCCGAAGAAGCCACGGGGCGGGGGGACUGCAGCUUCUGCAGUUUUUCUCUCCUUGGUUUCUGUACCGAAAACUUCCAACCCCAAUACCUCUUCAGCCAAUAAAUUUGCAAUUCA